GAAUGUCUUACAAUAAAAUGCAAACGCAUUGUAAUAAAAAAGCGUACAAUACUUAAACAAAAUGGGAAGUUUGGAAAUAUAGAUGAAACUGCCGCUGUUUUUAAUAUAGGUUUAAUUCUUUUAAUUUUAUUGACUGUUCUAUCAUUUAAGAUAAUUUCGUCAAAAAGUAGAAUAUCAUUCUCUUCAAAAUGCAAUUCAUAAUAACAUAACAUCUUUCAGUGAGCAUUUUAUCUUUUCUAGGUAUAGAAUAGAUCUAUGCGAGUUUGCUAAAAUCUCUGUACCUAUUCUAAAAACAUAUGUAACAAAUAAUUAAAUAGGGAAAUGAUAAUCAUAAAUAGGGUAAACGGUAAACCAUACAGUUAUUGGCAGGGGUAUAGUUAUCGGCAUACCAAACUUAUUUUAUCGAUAAAUAGUGCUGUGUUGGAUUUUAAAAAGAUUUUUUAUUUUUAAAUAAUUGGUCAUACUGUCCUAUUUAUAUUUGCGCCAAAAGUAAUCAUUAUUUUGUGACUGAUAAUAUAUAACAUUUUGUUCAAGAAGUGACGCUGAACAGCACGUCAAAAAAGACAAAAUGCCAAAAAAAACGAGCAAUUUUGACAACAUUAAUGCAGCUAUAAAGGCUAUUCAGGAUGAUGGCAUGUCACAAAACUCAGCUGCCAAAAAAUUUGGUGUUGCUCGUUCUACUCUACAGUUCAGAUUAAAAAACCCAAAUAAACAAAACUUUUCAUGUGGACCUUCAACAUUCUUAACUACCAAUGAAGAAGAGACACUAGUAAAAUGGUUACUCGAAUGCUCAAAGAAAGGAUUUCCUAGGAGGCGUGAAGACUUACAAGACAGUGUCAAAAAAUUUUUAGAUGAACAAGAGAGGCCAAAUCCAUUUAAAAAUAAUUUACCUGGGAUUGGUUGGUAUAAAGCUUUUUUAAGAAGACAUCCAAUAUUAUCAAUAAGGACUAGUGAACUUGUUACCAAUGCAAGUUCCAAUGUAAGUGAAUAUGAUAUCAAAAAAUGGUUCAAUGACAUUCAUAGUUAUCUAACAGAGGAAAAUUUAGUUGACAUUUUGAAUGACGGCCGUAGAGUAUUCAAUGGGGAUGAAACAGGGUUUUCACUUUGUCCCAAAACUAAAUGUGUAUUGGGUCCAAAAGGGUCCAAAGACAUUUAUGAAGUUGCAAAAGCCAGCAGAUGUUGCAGCAUUCAGACCAAUUAAAGCUGGCUGGAAAAAAGGUGUUUUUGAUUGGCGCAAUGAACAUCCAGGUAGUGCAGUAACUAAGAUUGAUUUUUCUCCAAUUUUGGAUAAGGUUUUGAAAAAUACAGUAAGAGCUGAAGUUUUAAUAAAUGGUUUUAGAGCUUGUGGACUUUUCCCUUGGAAUGUAAACAAUAUUGACUUUAAAAAGUGUUUGGGGAAAAAAUCCAAAUACUGAAAUAACUGCAGUAGUUAAUAAUGAAACUGAUACUGGUAUGCUAGAUUACAAGCAAUUUAUAUAUUAUAAUAAAAAUAAGUUUUAGUUGUUAUAUAAUAUAUGUUUUAUGUCUGAUUUUUGUACAAACUUUUUCGUAUUACUAUAAGUUAUAGUUUUAUACUAUAUUCAUUAGAUAUUAAAAAUAUUUCCUAAACUAUUGAUAAUAUUAGAUUCUACAAAAGUUAUCUGUUUAAAAUUUAAAUUUAAUUACAAAAGAAAUACAAUAUAAAUAUGUUUGUGCUAUUA